AUGAAUGCUCAGAAUGCACGCUGGGCGCCGUAUGGCCUUCAAGGUGGAAGACGUGGAGGCGAUGACCAACCAAAUGAUGGACCGGAGAUCAUAGUCAUUGACCAACGGCAGCUGCGGGCAUUCAUCUACCGGGUGUACAUGGCAACCGUUGUGCUGUGCCUCCUUUCUGCGAUCCCAUGGAUCAUCCUAUCUGCGCUUUCCGUGAACGUGUACAAGGUGAUUCCGGUGCCGCCAUUCGUGUGGAUAAUCCUGGCCUUCAUCAUACUCACAGUGCUCGGCUGCGUCCGUCAGACCAACGAGCUGACCUUGCUCUGUUGGGGAUUGGUGCUGGGUUCCUUGUUCUUCAUCACUCUGUACGGAGCUUACUUUAUGUAUCUGGUUUCCGCCCUCGUUCUCGUGAUGUGCAUAGGAAUCUCCGGCUGUCUGCUGGCCCUCCUGCACUUGUACGGUGCCAAAAGUCCAGCGCCUCUGUUGCCCAGCAUCCUCUGCACAUGCUGCAUCUUCCUGCUGGCCACCAUCACGAUGCUCGUUCUCAUCAUCCUGUACCUGGUCAUUCAGGAUUUGCGCUAUCUGCUGGGCUUUGCCAUCGUCUUCGUCAUCCUGAUCGUCUUCAUGGCUCCCUUCCAGGCCCGCUAUAUCACUGGGAGGCUGCAGCAAGUGCCCUACGGGGAGACAGCGAGCUGCGCCAAUGGAAUCUACUUGCACUUUGUCUUCCUGGUCAGCUGUAUGCUGAUGUUCGCCUUGUAUUAUAUUCACGUUAAUAAUAAAGAGGAGGAAUAGGUGUCAUUUUGGCGUUAGAGGUAA